AUGCAAUUUUACAUAGAAGGAACUCAUUAUGUGCUUUCAGAUGGUCAUUGUGGCUUCCAUAGCAUUGCUUUCCAACUAGGCCUUGCCUGUAGAGAUGAUUUCCGACAUAUUCGUAACAAUAUGCAUGCGGAAGUUUUUAAUCACAUGACGUUUUAUGUGAAAGUAUUGUACUCUGAGGAAAGGUUGAACAACAUGCUCAAAAGAUUAAGGUUUGAAGAUGGAGAUGAAAUGGACGUCAGUAAAUGGUUUAAAAUGCCGGAAGAUGGUCUUGUAGCGGCUCAAACAUUCCGUGAUGUUCUUGUUUGGCUUUCAAAAGAAAUGUGUGCAACCUUCUUCCCUUCGAGGCAUGGGCCAAUCAAAGGUAAGAAACAUAGAGUUAUAGUGAUGGCUUUUGUUGGAGGGAACCAUUUUGUUCCAAUGAAGUUAAAGUUAGGGGCUCCUAUACCACCUCCCUGCAACAUGUGGAUUCAGAAUGCAUACGAAGAUGCCAAAGUCUGGCCAAAAAAAUAUGAGGAUAAGAUGAAGACAUUCAAAAAAAGGAUGAACUUUAAAGAGCCACAACCUGAAAAACCAGUAAUCAUUCACUAA